UCACAAUCUCAUAGAAUUUAAUGUAAAGUCACGUAGGUCAUUUCGGCAGCAACUUUCAGUGCUCAGUUUUGGCAGUUCCGUCAUUAUAAAGUCCUUUCAAGGCUAGUUUCGUCCAUGGUGGUGGGUCACUGAGGUGCGACGUAGAGGGCCUAGAGGCUAGAAAUAAAAUGCAAACCACAAUUGGCUCCUUCUCCUUCCAACCCAACGAAACCGGAACACCAAAAGGUUCGCAUCCAAAACCAACGUAGAGCCUGAACCAGAAAGAGUUCUCUCUCUCUCUCUCUCUCUCUCUCUCUCUCUCUUUCUCUGUAGAAUACCAGCUUUUUCUUGGGGUGCACAUUUAAAGGAGACCAGCUUUUUAUUUAAAGACUGCGAUGAACUUGACCUCCAGAUUACAUAAAGAAGGGAAAAAGAAUCAGAAUUCAGACGUUUAUUAGGAGUUUGAGUUUUGCAGGUUUCAUAUUGCAUGCCAUUAGAAGGUCGAGAAAGAGUUCAGUGCAGAACCCAGUUGAAAUUUGUGAAAGAUGAGGCCAAAGAUUUAUCUUUUCGGUGACUCAAUCACCGAGGAGUCCUUCGGUGAUGGCGGCUGGGGUGCCUCUCUUGCCCACCAUUUAUCUCGCUCGGUUGAUGUGGUGCUGAGAGGGUACAGCGGGUACAACACGAGGUGGGCCCUGAGGGUCCUGGACAAGGUUUUUCCGGCGGUGGAAGGGGGUGGCGGUGAUCGUGAUCCAUUAGCAGUGACGGUGUUCUUUGGCGCAAACGACGCUUGUCUUCCUGACAGAUGCUCAGCCUUCCAGCACGUGCCGCUCAAUGAAUAUAAGCACAAUAUCUAUUCCAUUGUCUCCUAUGUCAAGAAGCGAUGGCCAAAGACUCAAAUUCUUCUCAUAACUCCUCCCCCAAUUGAUGAAGAAGGGCGCCUCCGACAUCCUUAUGUUGAGAAUCCAUCGGGUCUGCCUGAGAGGACAAACGAUGUAGCUGGUGCUUAUGCGAAGGCAUGUGUCUCUGUUGCUAAAGAAUGUGGGGUCCCAGUGGUAGACCUCUGGACCAAAAUGCAGCAGCUGCCUGACUGGGAAAAUGUUUAUCUGAGAGAUGGUUUGCACCUCACUCAGAGUGGAAACAGGAUUGUGUUUGACGAAGUUGCCAAAAAGCUGAUGAAUGAAGAAGGCCUGAGUCUAGAAAAUUUGCCAGUUGAUCUUCCCCUGAUAAGUGAGAUUGACCCUAAUGACCCCCUUAAGGCGUUCCAGAAGUAACAUAUAUAGUUGUUUAUGGGUAGCGUCUCACAUGUUUUUGUGGGUUUACGAUAGAAAGAUUUGUAUUUCCCUAUGAACAAUUGUUCAUUUUCUAUUGUAACGACAUGUUUCAGCUUGCAAGGGUAAAAGUCAAACAUAAUACUUUAUUAUGAGAGGGAAGUUUUAUCUUGUUAGUAAAGAUGCUUGUGUUUUUUGUUUCUUAGAUAUAUGUGGCGGAGGCAAGAGGAAGAGAGGAAGAAGAUGUCUCCUUCCUUGAUUUCUUUGAAAGGAGAAGAAUGAAAAACAGUGUAUUUUUGUUGAACAAGUGGUAAAAGAGGCUUUGUUAUCUCA